UUUUACAAUUGUACUAAGCUUGUGUUUAUUGUGCACAAGAUCCGAAAACUCAACUCAAAAAUUCGAGACUCGGCUCCAAGACAACCAAAACACAGGCCGGGCCAACCAAGCCGAGGUUUGAAAAUGUUCAGUGCGUGAUCGGCGCUCAAACUUGCAACUUGUGUCUCCGGUAAAAGAAGCAUAUAAGAAAAAUACACAAUAGAAGCCUUUACGAAGUAAAAUGUAUUAAGAAAAACACAUAGUAUCAGACAGACAGUGCGCGAUAGUGUAGUGAUUAUAAAUUAGUGGUAGUUUUUUGUACGGAACGAAACAAUAAAUAAUCAAACACGAGUUUGUAGAGUGAUAAGCGGCAAUACGAUCCACAAUCCAUUACCUUACCCAUCGACGACUAUCAACAGCCAUCCAAAGUUCUUUAAAAUCGAACCUAUAUAAAGAGAACUCUCUUAACCAUGCAGCCAGUAUUGGAAUUCAACAUAUACACUCUGCUCAGGAUGGCAUUCGUUUGGCAAUUGGUGUCGUGGUUCAUCUUCACGGUCGGAUUACUGGCCAUACUCAACUUUCUUUACGACAACCUGAAGUCCUUGAUCAGUAUAAUCAAGGCGGUCCUGGAGCCCUAUUUCCAGCCACAUUUACCAAAGACUUUGAUCGAGAAGUUCGGCCAGUGGGCAGUUAUAACUGGUGCCACCGAUGGCAUUGGAAAGGAAUACGCCAGGGAACUGGCUCGUCAGGGCCUCAAUUUAGUGCUCAUCUCGCGUACCAAGGAGAAACUUGUAGCAGUUACCAACGAGAUUGAAAGCGAGUUUAAGGUAAAAACAAAAUGGAUUGCCGUAGACUUCAAACAAGGACGUGAAAUUUACGAUCAAAUCGAAAAAGAACUCGCUGGCAUUGAAGUUGGUAUCUUGGUCAACAAUGUGGGAAUGAUGUACGAGCAUCCCGAGACCCUUGACCUGGUCUCUGAGGAGCUUCUGUGGGAUCUGCUGACCGUGAACAUGGGCUCGGUCACCAUGCUGACCCGUAAGGUUCUUCCCCAGAUGAUUGGUCGCCGCCAGGGUGCCAUCGUUAAUCUUGGAUCCUCUUCGGAGCUCCAGCCCCUGCCCAACAUGACUGUCUAUGCGGCCAGUAAGAAAUUCAUCACGUAUUUCACCAAGGCCCUGCAACUGGAGGUCCAGGACCACAACAUCCACGUCCAGCUGGUGAUGCCCAACUUUGUCACCACAAAAAUGAACGCCUACUCAGAUCGUGUGAUGAACAGUGGUGCCAAACUUAUAUUCCCCACUGCAUCUUCCUAUGCUAAAUCGGCUGUGUUUACACUGGGAAAAACCAGCGAGACAAAUGGCUAUUGGACUCAUGGAAUACAGUACUGCCUCAUGAAGCUGGCACCCCUGUCAGUUCGUACUUACCUGGGCCACAAAAUGUUCAAGCAGCUGAGAAUCGAGGCUCUGCAGCAAAAACAACAGAGACUUAAACUGCUUUAAGUGAUUCGGCUUUGGCUUAGGAGUCAUGUAAAUAUUUGGUUCUUAGUCUUAAGGCUCAACAAUAAAAUAAAACACAAAACGCUUUUGUAAAAAGUCAGAAAAAAAUAAAAUAAACUAAAAAUAUAAA